AUCCGAUACGACUUCCACUGCUGAGGCGACGACCGGAACCACUGAAGUGUCAUCCACAUCGGCUUCCGAAACCAACAGGCCCAUUCCUAGUGCCCGCUGUAAAGCAAAGGCCGCCACUACAGGUCCAAUCGAGUAUAUUUUGUGUGUGGAAAGGCGACGGAGGCGUUAUGCAAGAAGCUAGGGGGGAAGAUACCGAUCGAGUAUUUCCCUCAUAUGAAAGGGCCCAAGGUUCAAGGGGUCAACAGUCUUUUGGUCAAGGACAUUGGGUCGGCCAUACGUAGCCUGGUUGGAAUGAGGGCUAGGACGUUCCACGACCUUGAGCAAUCGGAACAGUGGAAGGUGUGGAACGCAUUGUCGCCAUGGUACAUGUGGGACAACAAUGACAUUGUGACGGUGAGGUGGAUCAUGGACACGGCACAGGCUAGGUACAAGGAGUGGAAGUGGCAGUGUCACAAUGUCUACCAAGAGCGUGGACCAGAAGGGAUGCCGACGGAGUUCUAUGGGAGGGAGGAUGAGUGGGCCUUUCUCUGCACGCAUUUUGAGAGCGACGCGUUCAAGAAACUCUCGAACGCGAACAAGAAGAACCGUGGUAAGAAGACGAUGCACCACCACAGCGGGUCUUCUCCUAUUGUCUACAUCAUGGAGGAUCUGAGGAACAAAGGUGAGCCCUUGCCGAUCAUCAAGGGAUUCGAGCAGAGCUAUGUGAGACCCGGUGACGAAGUGGCCACCAAGAAAUACGAGGAGAUGCUUGCGUUGGUCAAAAGCCGAAAGACAGACUUGAAGAAGAUAAAUCCAGAAGCUACAGAGGAGGAAAUGAUGGAGAUCAUUCAAACACAACAAAUUGAUGUGUUGGACGCUGUGUUGGACAAGCGUAAAGGGAAGGAGAUACGAGGGAUGGGACGAGCAGGUGAGCGAGACUUGAGCCAGUCCUCGUCCGGUUCGACCUUGCGGAGUCGUGCUCCUCCAAAUCAAGACAGGGAAAGGAUUGAACGCCUUGAGCGAGAGGUCCGUGAGUAUAAGGAGCGGACUGAGCUGGCUGAGGUCGAGUCUGCGUGGUACCGUAAUCAGUACACUACUGUUAACUCACGGAUGGACCAGAUCUUCUCUCGCCUAGGUCUGGAACCUGAAGGUCCGGCUCCUCCUCAUUCUUCUCCGGGUCCUCCUCCUCCUCAGUCAUCUCUGAUUCCUCCUCCUACCCAGUCGUCUCCACCUCCUCUUCCUACUCAGUCGUCUCCGGCAUUUGUUGACAAGGAUCAGUUUUUGAACCUCUAUUAG